AGGUACCACACUUCUCUUUAUUUCCUUUUCAUUAUUUACAGAUAGAGAGGGAGAGAAGCUGAGAAAGAAAAGAAGAAAGAAGAAAAAGAGAAAGGGGAAGAAAAGAGGAGCUAGGUUUGGAGGAGACAUUGAAGAGGUCCUGGAGUUUAGUAGCCGCGUGUGACCUAGCCGGAGGUUCUUCCUUGGUUAUUGGAGAAUAGGACGAUGGAUGCAGGAAGGAAUCUUAACAUUAAUGUUGGGGCAAUGAUGAGGUGGACUGGUGCGAUCGGACAAGCGCCGCAAGAGAAUGUCGGUUAUGGAGGAAAGGAUGAGUUUCGUGCUUUUGGAGACUUUCAAAAGUGCAACCCGCCGAUCUUUGAAGGAGGGUAUGGACCGGACAAAGCGCAUGUAUGGAUGAGAGAAAUUGAGAAGAUCUUUCAACUCAUGAGUUAUACUGAUGUACAGAAGGUACAGUUUGGUACUCACAUGCUGACAAAAGAAGCUGACGUUUGGUGGAGUAAUAUUGUGCGGAGAUUUGAAAGAGAAGGUAUCGAAGUUACUUGGACUCUUUUCCGUAAUUCAUUUUUGGGAAACUAUUUUCCAGAAGAUGUGCGUGGAAAGAAAGAAGUGAGGUUUCUACAGUUGAAACGAGAAGGAGGACAGUUUCGUGGGAAACCGUAUGAUAACCAGAAGGAACAAAUUGGUUUUGUCAAGAGGCUAAGUGGGGGAGGGACUCCUACUCCACUUAAGUGUUACAGAUGUGGUGUCGAAGGUCAUCGUGUUUCUGAGUGUAAGAAAAAGGUUACUACUUGUUUCAAGUGUGGCAAGCUGGGUCACACAGCUGCUAAGUGUAGAGUUGGUUCGAGUGCGACUUGUUACAAUUAUGGUGAGCGAGGUCACGUUCGUACCAAAUGUGAUAAACCAAAGAAGGAGCAAGCAGAAGGAAAAGUGUUUGCGUUGUCUGGUGGUGAGACUACUUCUAAGGAUAAGUUAAUCUGAGGUCCUGGAGUUUAGUAGCCGCGUGUGACCUAGCCGGAGGUUCUUCCUUGGUUAUUGGAGACUAGGUAGUGAGUCGAUGCUCUAGUCAUGUAACACUGGGUAGAUUAGGUGUAUUGAACUCAUGUUAUAUUUGCUCAUGUAUUAUGCUAUGACUUGUGAACUUUUGUUGGUUGCUUGUCGUUUUGAGAGGCUCAAAAGCCAAACAUUCUGAUUUUAUCUUAUGUUGAAUUGAGACCAUUAGUCGAUGUAUGAUCAUUGUAUGGGACAUGAAUCAUUAUGAAUCACAUGAGUAUCAUAUUUUCCGCUGUAAAUGCAUAUCCAGGUUAAAUUGUGAUUUUAU